UCAACAACUGGGUAUUUGUGUGGCCAAGAUAAUUACAAAGAGAGGAAGAGGGAGACCGCCUAAGAAUAAGAAGAAAGGGUCUGGGAAGUGGCCAAAACAAUCCAAAGUGGUGAACGACUCCCUCUCCGACUCAGAUUUCAUCGAUCGAAGGAGAGUCAUCCGUAAAGAAGCUGAGGAAGCUUGGGAAAUGGGAAAAAUCUUGGGCCUGAGGGCUAGCUGCAGCGAUGAGGUCGUUAUUUCAGAAUUCAUAAGGCUAGAAGAAGCGAGGGACUUGUAGAGUAAGGGAUUUUGGUAAACUCUUGGGGCUUCAAGUAAGGGGAAUUGAAGAAGAGGUUGUGAGAGAGUUGUUUUGCUAUUGCAGACAGGCCAGCCUUGAUGUAGGACGUUGGGGGAACUUGAAGGUUCGGGUUUGAAAGAGGUGUCGUGCAUUGUUCUUUAAUGGAAGGGUCGAUCAAAAUUUUGAUUGUGUACUGGUCAAAUUUUUGUCCUUGUGAGAUUGAGGAGCAAAAAGGUAUUUGAUUUAUGUUGUGAAUAUGAAUGUCAGCGUUGGUAUCAUGUUGUGCUUUGGGGUGAAGACUUUUUUCUUCUUCUUCUUAUUUGAUGAGCCGAACAGUUUUAAUGGUUUUACCAACGAAUGGAAAUUGACUUGCAGUGGUUGACUCUCAUUAAGGGUCUUUUUAGCAGAGAUAUUAUAUAUUCUCCUCCGAUUAUGUGUUGAAGUCCUCUCGACUGAUACGUUUUUAUGCCAAUGAAGUUGUAUAUGGAAGGGUCAGCCUUUGAAGCUUUAGAGAGAGUGAUGACAGAAUUGCACCAAAAUGUUGCUACACCUUUUAUGUGAGGCGUUUAUUGGGAAUCUGUGGUGAUUUUGGCUAUGAUGCUUUUUCUGUUUGAGGCGAGGACUGAUCCUAUUAUUGGUUUAUUCAUGCUUGAAGUGCUUGUUUUCCUUAUUUUUAGGCGAAGAUGGUAUUGAAAUUGAUUAGGAACUUGAUGAUUUUUUUAAAUGAGAAUCAGCCUUGGAAGUGAUGGUGAUAUCUAGCUUAGUUGAGGCUUUGGCUUCUCAGUAUUAUUUGUUGCUUAAUUUUCGUAGCUUAGUGUUUCUAUGGUGUUUUUUUUUUAGGCAAUCUUCUGUAGCUUUGAAAUUUCUAAUUUAUUAAUAAUAUUAUUAAUUUACCGAGAAAAAGAAACAUGACUCAAUUACACAAAUACACAAAUUGAAUAAUGUUUUAUAUAAGAUUAAUUACACAAUAUUAAAAUUUCCAUCAAAGUUGAUUUCGUGUAGGACAUUUGAUGACUACUUACAAAUCAAUAUGCCAGUCUUGGUCUGCCACGUUCCCUAUUUUUCAUACGAAAUUAGCCACCCAGCAGUUCACUUACAACUAAGAAAAAGCCUCAUUCACUUUUUCUACAUAAAUAGACAAAAAUGCUUAUGUAUGCCCAUAUGUCACCUGCUCAAUCCUUUAUUUGCUUGCCUUUUUCUUUUCUUUUUUACAUACAAUAUAAAUAAAUCAAAAUAUCUUAAACAUCAAAAUUUAUAUCAGUAUAUAAAAUCAGAUUUAUGGUUUAGUUUUUUACAGUUUCGAUGGCGACUCCUACUCAAGAGGAGCAGCAGCUUCACUUUGUGGUGUUUCCCUUCAUGUCUCAAGGCCAUAUGACCCCUAUGAUUGACAUUGCUAGAUUGCUGGCACAGCGAGGCGUGAUCGUAACCAUCAUUACAACGCCUCAAAACGCAGCUAGGUUCAAGGCAACCCUCGAUCGUGCCGUGGAAUCGGGGCUCUUCAUCCGUCUACUUGAGUUACAGUUUCCAUGUGCUGAAUUUGGAUUGCCAGAAGGGUGCGAGAGCUUCGAUAUGCUGCCUUCCUUUAGCUUAGCCUUGAAUUUCUACCAAGCUGCCGACGCGCUUGAAACGCCAGUUAAAAAACUGUUCCCUGAGCUAACGCCAAGCCCCACCUGUAUCCUUUCUGAUGUGUUGUUUCCGUUCACCCUUGACAUUGCCAACCAGUUUCAGAUUCCAAGGAUCGUGUUCCAUGGAGUUUGUUGCUUUCGUCUUGUUUGUCUCCAUAAUUUACGCAUCUCCAACGUUCUUGACCACGUUUUCUCAGAGACGGAGUACUUCGUCGUGCCUAACAUGCCCCACAAAGUUGAGUUCACUAAAUGCCAGAUCACACAAGUUAUGGCUGAAAACCUCAAACAAUUUUCGGAGGAACGGAAGAAGGCGGAUCUUGAGUCUUACGGUGUCAUCGUAAACUCUUUCGAAGAAAUGGAGCCUGAAUAUGUUAAGGAAUACAAGAAGACAAGGGAGGACAAAGUAUGGUGCAUUGGUCCGGUUUCUCUAUGUAACAAGGAUGCCAUGGAUAAAGCUCAGAGAGGCAACAAGGCCCCGGUUGAUGAACAACAGCUCUUGGGAUGGCUUGAUUCUCAAAAACCAGGUACCGUAAUCUAUGCCUGUCUGGGAAGCAUAUCGAACUUGACGCCCUCACAAUUGAUACAACUCGGUUUAGGCCUGGAGGCGUCGAAUAGGCCGUUUAUUUGGGUUGUAAGAGGAAGUGAUGCAUCGAAUGAUGUAGACACCUGGAUUUCAGAGGAUGGUUUCGAGGAAAGAACGAAAGGAAGAGCGCUUGUAAUCCGGGGUUGGGCACCGCAAGUACUAAUACUGUCGCAUCAGGCCAUCGGAGGGUUCUUAACUCAUUGCGGUUGGAACUCAACAAUCGAAGGCAUCUCUGCCGGUGUUCCAUUGAUAACUUGGCCGCUUUUUGCAGAUCAGUUUGCCAAUGAGAAACUGGCUGUACAAAUAGUUGAAAUCGGAGUGAGGGUGGGAGUAGAGGAGCCAAUGAGGUGGGGAGAAGAAGAGAAAAUUGGAGUAUUAGUGAAGAAAGAAGAUGUUAAAGCGGCUAUUGAAAAGCUGAUGGAUGAAGGAGAGGAAGGAGAAGAGAGAAGAAAAAGAGCUAAGAGACUUGGAGAGAUGGCAAAUAAGGCUGUUGAGAUAGGGGGAUCUUCUCACCUCCACAUUUCAGGGUUAAUCCAAGAUAUCAGGCAAAGGGCUAAUGAGAGGAAGCAACUUAGCACCUGAAAUGAAGCGGCAACCUCAUAUCUCCAUAGUCCAAAAGAGCUUGGGGAGUUACGUCAUGGUCACUUAUAUGAAUCCCUAUGUAUGCUUUACCUGAGAAAUAUAAUUGUAAAAUGCAAAUGGCCCAACCUCAAGAAAAUUGAACGGAAUACAAAUCACAGUAUGAACUUCAUCCA